AUGAAAGACAAGUUUUUUUUUAUCUUGGAUCUGGUGGCUUUGUUGGGCUUGUUUCUCUUUACGCCGCAUAUAGUGUGCGGGGAUGUGGCCUAUUCCAUUCCCGAGGAGAUGAAGAGUGGAUCUAUUGUCGGAAAUAUAGCAAAAGAUAUUGGAAUUGAGGUGGCCAAGCUGUCUGUUCGACGGGCUCGUAUUGAUGGAGACGGCUACAGCAAACGGUAUUUUGACAUGAAUUUGAACACUGGAGAUAUUAUUGUUGCAGACAGGAUUGACCGUGAGGGGCUUUGUGUCAAAAAGCCAUCAUGUAUUUUGAAGCAGGAGCUCGUUUUGGAAGAGCCUUUAGAAUUGCAUCGCAUCAACAUUCACGUUCUUGACAUUAAUGAUAAUUCACCUCAAUUUAAAAAGAACACAAUAGAUUUGGAGAUUCGUGAAUCUGCAGAUAAAGGAAGUCGCUACCGUUUAGAUGAGGCUCACGACGCAGAUGUGGGGCAGAACGCUAUCCAGAGCUAUGCUAUUGAAAAAAAUGAACACUUUAGAUUAAAUGUUGUUGCAAAGGGCGCAGGCGGGAAGUAUGCGGAGUUAAUAAUAGAAAAGGAGCUUGACAGAGAGCAAGAAAAGGAGCUAACUAUUGUACUUAUUGCAACAGAUGGGGGCGCUCCUCAGAGAUCAGGGACGGUAGUUGUGCACGUCACUGUGCUGGAUGCUAAUGAUAACGCCCCUGUGUUCAGCCAAGCCAUAUAUAAAACCACUCUGCCUGAAAACUCUGCUCCAGACACAGUUGUCAUCAAAGUAAGUGCAGCUGAUGCUGAUGAAGGAGUCAAUAGCGAGGUAAAAUAUGAGUUUGAUCACAUCUCUGAUGAAACCAAUAGCGUGUUUAAACUUGAUAAAGAAACAGGAGAAGUGACUGUGAGUGGAUCAAUAGAUUAUGAGGAAGGUUCAUCUUAUGAAAUGCAAAUUACAGCCAAGGAUGGCCUAGGCUUAGUUUCAUCUUGUACAUUAAUAAUUGACGUCACAGAUGUUAAUGACAAUGCCCCUCUAAUAUUUAUUAAAUCUUUGAAGAAUCCUAUUCCAGAAAAUACCCCAACUGGUACUGAAGUGGGUAUCAUUAAUGUGCAGGACAGAGAUUCUGAGCAGAAUGGACAGGUCCGAUGCUCCGUUCAACAAAAUGUCCCCUUUAAAUUAGUUGCUUCUAUUCCAAAUUACUAUUCUCUGGUGACUACCGGACAACUGGAUCGCGAACUAGUGUCUGAUUAUAACAUCACAAUCAGCUCCACUGAUGAGGGCUCUCCCCCUCUCUCCUCCACAAAAAAUAUUCACUUGUCAGUUGCAGACAUUAAUGACAACCCACCUGUGUUUGAAGAAGAGUCCUACAGCGCAUAUGUGAGUGAAAAUAACCAAGUCGGCUCCACUUUAUGUUCUGUUAGCGCCCGAGACCCUGACUGGAGACAGAACGGUAGUGUGAUUUAUUCUCUGUUAGCCAGUGAGAUAAAUGGUUCCCCGGUGUCCUCCUAUGUGUCUGUUAACGGAGACACUGGCGUGAUCCACGCCGUGAGGUCAUUUGACUAUGAACAUUUGAGGAGUUUUCAAGUUCGCGUAAUGGCCAGAGACAACGGUUCUCCUCCUUUGAGCAGCAAUGUGAGUGUCAGUGUGUUUGUCUCAGACGUGAACGACAACUUACCUCAGAUACUGUAUCCUGCCCCAGAAGGUAACACUUUCAUGACUGAAUUGGUGCCCAAAGCUGCUCAAGGAGGCUCUGUUGUGUCCAAAGUGAUAGCGGUGGAUGCGGACUCUGGACAGAAUGCAUGGUUGUCAUAUCAUAUAGUCAAGUCCACAGAUCCAGGACUUUUCACAAUUGGACUCCACAGUGGAGAGAUCCGGACCCAGCGGGAUAUAUUAGAAUCCGACAGCAUGAAACAAAACCUGAUUGUGACAGUGAAAGAUAAUGGACAGCCCCCUCGCUCUGCGACCUGCUCCAUGUAUUUACUUCUUUCCGAUAACUUGGCUGAAGUGCCAGAACUGAAAGACAAUUCUUACGAGGAGAAGAAUUCUAAACUGACUUCUUAUCUGAUCAUCGCCCUGGUGUCUGUGUCCACUUUCUUUCUCACCUUCAUCAUCAUUGUCCUGGGAGUAAGGUUUUGUCGCAGGAGAAAGCCCAGACUGUUGUUUGAUGGCGCAGUUGCCAUCCCCAGUGCGUACCUCCCUCCUAAUUAUGCAGAUGUUGAUGGCACGGGGACUUUACGCAGCACCUACAACUAUGAUGCCUACUUGACAACGGGUUCCAGAACUAGUGACUUUAAGUUUGUUUCUUCUUACAAUGACAACACACUGCCUGCUGAGCAGACGCUGAAGAAAAGUGCAUCAGACUUUGUUGAUGACCUUCAGGAUUCUUUCGACCCCUUGGAGACCAGCGGAGGAUUCAUAAUGGAAUGGAAUGUUGCUCCCCGCACAUUCAAAUCCGUGUUCUUCAUUGCGUUCAAAUCAGAAGACAAAAGAAAAGGCGAGUCGUUCUGA